GCUCUGCCGGUGGAAAGAGAAUUUGAGUUUUCCUGGAAAACGAAAUCUGUGAAGAUUUAUUUUUUACGUGCCUAUCCGAUCAGUUCUGUCAAUCAGACUGAUUAAGCAGGAAAGCAGAGUCGUGUUAAAACAUUUGCAAUUAUAGUUGUCUGAAAAAUAGUGUUUUUGUGAGAAAAAAAACCAGUCAAGAUGUCGUCGUCUGCUGUGACUACUAAAACUUCGAAAUAUACCUACAAAUCCACUGGCGGUGGUUCUGCUGACGUUAGCAUUGAGUACAGUGCUGACCUAAGCGCCUUAUCCCGGCUGGAGGACAAAAUCCGUCUGCUGCAGGAAGAUCUGGAGUCGGAGCGCGAUCUCCGCCAAAGGAUCGAACGCGAAAAAGCCGACCUCAGCGUGCAAGUAAUCCAGAUGUCAGAGCGCCUUGAUGAGGCAGAGGGUGGUGCUGAAAGUCAGCUGGAAAUCAACCGCAAACGCGACGUCGAACUGACCAAACUGCGCAAGCUGCUCGAAGAUGUGCACCUGGAAUCGGAGGAAACCGCCCACAUUCUGAAGAAAAAGCACCAGGAAAUCGUCAACGACUUUAACGAGCAAAUCGAAUCCCUAACCAAGGCGAAACAAAGGGUCGAAAAAGAGAAAUCCAAACUGCAGGCUGAAAUCUACGAGCUGCUGUCCCAGAUCGAGAGCGUGUCCAAAGAUAAGUCCAUCAGUAUUAAGACGAUCGAAAAGUUGGAAGUGCAGGUGACAGAACUGAACAUUCGCAUCGAAGAGUUGAACCGCACCAUUGUGGACAUUACCUCGCACAAAACUCGUCUAUCCCAGGAAAACAUCGAUCUGGUUAAGCAAGUGCAGGACUUGAAGAUCAGCAUCGAAAGCAUCAGUUUCUCCAAGACCCAGAUCAACUCACAGCUUGACGAAGCCAGACGCCGCCUGGAAGAGGAUGACCGCCGCCGUUCGCUGCUGGAGUCAACACUGCACCAGAUCGAAACCGAGCUGGAGUCGGUUCGGUUGCAGCUGGAAGAGGAAUCGGAGGCUCGUAUGGAUCUGGAACGACAACUGGUGAAAGCAAAUGGGGAAGCCGGAACCUUCAAGUCGAAAUACGAAGCCGAAGUAAUGGCUCGCAACGAAGAGUGUGAGGAAAUUCGCCGUAAAUACACUAUUCGUAUCCAGGAAUCGGAAGAGCACAUCGAAUCCCUCCAGGUUCGAUUGAACAAGCUGGAAAAGGAGAAGAGUCGUCUGUCCAGCGAAAUCGAAAUUCUGAUCAUCGACCUGGAGAAAGCCAACAAUGGCAUUCGCGAAUACACCAAACGUAUCGAAAUUCUCGAGAAAACCAAUAUCGAAAUCAAGACCCGCCUGGAGGAAACCAUUACCCUGUACGACCAGUCACAGCGCGAUUUAAGACAGAGAACGCAAGAUUAUCAGCGCCUGAGCCACGAACUGGACGCCACCCGUGAACAGAAAGACCAGCUGUCCCGGGACAACAACAAGUUGCAGAAAGAUUUGCACGAGGCCCGUAGCUCGGUCACCGAACUGACACGUCGCCUUCAUGACUAUGAAGUCGAGCUACGUCGUCUGGAGAAUGAACGCGAAGAGCUGACCGCAGCCUACAAGGAAGCCGAAGCUGGACGCAAAGCCGAAGAAAAGCGUGCUCAAGCUUUGGCUGGCGAAUAUGGUCAAUUCCGUCACGAUACCGAACGCCGUUUGCUCGAGAAGGAUGAGGAAAUCGAAGUCAUCCGCAAGCAGACUAGCAUUGAGAUCGAACAGCUGAAUGCUCGCGUCGUUGAAGCCGAAACCAAGCUGAAGAGCGAGGUACAGCGCAUCAAGAAGAAGCUGCAGAUCCAGAUCACCGAGCUGGAGAUGUCGCUGGAUGUUGCCAACCAUACCAACAUUGAACUGCAGAAGACGAUCAAGCGCCAAUCGGCCCAGCUGACCGAAAUCCAAGCCCACUACGAGGAGAUCCAACGUCAACUGCAGUCCACCGUCGAUCAGUACGGCAUUGCUCAACGCCGCAUUCAGUCGCUGACUGGUGAACUGGAAGAAAUUCGCGUCAACUACGACUCCUCGUUGCGCUCCAAGCGUCAAGUUGAGGUUCAGUUGGAAGAAGCCACUUCGCGCAUCAACGAACUCGUAGUCAGCAAUGCUAACUACGCUUCGCUUAGAGCUAAGCUCGAGCAGGAGCUGCAGGUUUUGGCCAGUGACUACGAAGAAGUUUCCCGCGAGUUGCGCGUCAGUGACGAACGCUACCAGAAGGUUCAGGUUGAACUUAAACACACUGUUGAACUCCUCCAUGAAGAGCAGGAAAGAAUUGUCAAGAUUGAAACAAUCAAAAAGUCCCUGGAAGUCGAAGUCAAGCAACUUUCAGUUCGUCUUGAGGAAGUUGAGGUUAACGCCGUUGCCGGUAGCCGUCGUAUCAUCAGCAAACUGGAAGCUCGUCUGCGGGACAUUGAAACCGAACUGGAGGAGGAAAGAAGGAAGCACGCCGAAACUAUCAAGAUCUUGCGCAAGAAGGAACGCUCGGUUAAGGAAGUCUACAUUCAAAUCGAGGAAGACCAGAAGAACAUCCAAAUUCUCCAGGACGCACUAGAGAAGGCCAACCAGAAGAUUGGUGCCUACAAGCGCCAGCUAGUCGAACAGGAACAAUGCUCUCAACAGUGUGUAACCAAGGUGCGUCGUUUCCAGCGUGAACUGGAGGCUGCCGAGGAUCGUGCCGAUGUCGCUGAAAGCAACCUGAAUCUGGUCCGUGCUAAGCACCGUACCUUCGUUACCACUUCGACUGUGCCCGGAUCGCAGGUCUACUUGGUUCAGGAAACUACCAGAACCAUCAACGAAACGACAUCGUCCUAAAUUGACAGAGGAAGGGCAAAGCCGUGACAAGGCAACCUGUCGCCAUGUGAUCCAGCAACAUCCGGAGGAUAUGGGCUGUGCCAUAUCGAAUGAUCUUUAAUUUUUGUUAUCAUUUUCGUUUGUGUUUGGUUUAAUUACCUUUUGCAUCUUCUGUUCUUUAUGUCGUCUGUCUUCAUUUCUGUGUAUCAUUAAUUUCUCUCGUUACAACCAAACUCACCCUGAGCUUCGGGACAAAAUAUAAUCUCUUUAUUAUAAUAUGUAAUCCAUCAUACAUUAACCAAGUAACACAAGCCUUGCGUGAAUACAAUAAAAGCCGCUGCCACACCGCAAGAAAUGAAGAAAUGGAAAACUCUACAUGAACAGCAAAAAAAAAAGGAAAUAUAAAUAACUAGCCGCUUCGUUACGUUACGGAUACUACUAGAUUUGGAAAAAGAAAGAUGCCUUGAAAUCGUUGGGCAAACCACCAAUUUGCCGGAAGCUUUAUUCUUAUUGAUCGAGAGUAGAAUUUUAUUCGGACAA